UAACAUAGUGCAUAAAUUGAAAUUUUCAAAAUUAUUAUUGGAAAAAUGACAUUGUUUACAAGAUUGUGUUGCUAUUCACGGCUUUGCCUCAUUGACUGUAAUAAAUUUCGUAUAUUUCGAACAUAUUGUUCAAAAUUUAACGAACAGAAGCAGAACAAGUAUAUUAAGUAUGCAAGAAAAGUGUUACAACAAACAAAAGGUUGUGUGUUAUUUAAUGCAUCGAAGUUUUCACAGUAUAUUAUUUCACCGAAGGAAUUCCGAGCCGAAAAUCAAAUCAUAUACGAAUUAGUAUUAGCUGCGCGGAAGAAUUGUUCAAAGAAUACACAUAAAUUGUUGGAUAACCGUUGUGCAGACAAUUACAAAACAUGGCCCAUCAAUGAGCAGUUGUUUGCUUUAGAUGUAUGGUACUUUGUUAAACAUCGCAGUAAUUUCCAAUUUUUUGAAGCAACGGUUAGAGAUUUUCUCUCCGAAUUUCAUAGUCUGGAGAAUGGACCGGCAUUACAAAUCCUGUAUUAUGUCGGACAAAUGAAAUUGCAAUUGAGUGCCGUUGAAGCUGAUAGUAUCGUAAAUCAUUUAAAAAAUAAUAUUGAUCAAAUAACGUUUGACGAAGUUUCAAUGCAAUGUUCAACCCUAAUUAAAUGCGAUUGUAAAGUGGAUGAUACAAAUUUAAUAAAAUCUCUUUACACACUAUUGCUGACGAGUGACUUACAAAGGUAUGAUAGCAUUGCGGUGAGUGGAAUCAUAAAAUUCGUGCGACGAUUUUCGUCUCUUGAUCAUAUAAGUGAAUUGGAAGCUCUUCAAAACAAACUCACAUCAUACGUUGAUGCGGCUGGCCAUCAAACUGGCACACAUAUCAUUCAAAUGGGUGUCAAACAGGGAGCUUUUGACACAGAUAUAAUCGAAACAGUAAUUCAACGAUUUUCAAAGAACAUGAAUGAAUUACGAAAUAAAGAUGUUGAACGUGUGCUACUAUCGAUUUCAACCCGAAAUUAUCGAAGCGAAAAUGGUAUUGAACUGGAAUUUUGUAAUCUUGUACAAAAAUAUUUAUUAAAUUCACUUGAUACUAACUUCCCUGAUUCGGUGAUAAAUUGUAUUACGUAUUUGGCCAUUUUUGGCGUUGCCGAUGCCAAACUGAUCGAUUGGGCACUGAGGCGGCCCAUUGAUAACAUUGAAAAGAGUCUUCUUGUAAUUGAUUCUUAUGCCAAAAUUAAUUUGGCAACAACAUACAAUGGCCAUAAAUUAUCGGAGAAUGUGUGUGCUGAUUUGAUGAAAAAAGCAUCUGAAUCAACAACGGCCGGAAAGAAAUCGAAUUUAGUUUAUGAAGUAAGUGAUGUAUUGAAAGCACAUGAUAUUUAUCAUAUAUUGACACGAGCAAUUCCAUAUGUGCCAUUCAAUGACCUGUUUUUUAUUUACAAUAAACGAACACGGGACACGGUAAACAUUCUUCAGCCGAAUGCAGAUGGGCACAUUUUGAAUGUGACAAAUAUUAUUAAGAAUAAUCCAGACUUGGAGGGAAUUGCAAUAGUACCAUGUAAGAACAUUGAUUCCGUUUAUAAUGCCUAUCGAUAUAAAGGGCUUAUGCAGUUUAAAUUGAAUCAAUUGGAAAUGAAUGGCUUUAAAACAAUUGCGAUCAGGAGUUCAACGUGGAAAAAAUAUAACACUGAAGCGGCAAAACGUAGAUACUUGGCUAUGGAACUAUGUAAAAAUGAUGUGUUUCUAUUUAAGUUGUAGAUUUUGUAAUCAAAUUUAAAAAAAAAAUAAACAAUAACCAAAUUCGGUUAUUCUAAGACGAAAA